AGAGACAUUUCUGUAGGAGGAGGCCGUGGGAAGCCGUAUCAGAAGCCUUGGAGAUAUCCAGGUAGACAACGUUCACCGCUGGCCCCACAUCAACCAAGCGGAUUCAUUUGAUGUAAGAGGCAAUCAGGUUUGUCAAGCACAAUUUGUCCUUGGUCAAUCUGUGCUGGAUUUUCCUAAUCAUGGGCUUCAUUUGAUUUGUAACAGCCCCCAGGAAAUUUUGUUUUAUAGGUUUCCCAGGGACUGAAGUAAAACAGAUGCACCUAUAAUUUUAUUGGAUCCUCUCUGAAGUCCUUGUAGAUAGGAGUGACACUAGCCUUUUUUCAGUCUUCUCGGAUGUCCUCCAAAUUCCACAACUUGAAAAUUAUGGAGAGUGGCCUUGAAGCUAUAUCAGCCAGCUUUCUUUGAUUUGAUACUGUCAGAGUGCAUCAAUGUGUAGAGGUCAAGCUAGUCAAGGUAGUGUAAUAGUUCACAUACCAUCCUUUCCUUCACAGAUAGUGGGUCUCUGUUUGCAUCAGCCAGGAUUUUUUUUUUUCCCAAGGCCUGGUAUUGGUGAAAGGACAUGGGUGAAGAAAGUGUUGAGUACCUCUUCCAUUUCAGCCUUGCUGGUGACUAAUUCAUCUCUUCUGUUAAACAGCAGGCAAAUACUUUCCUUCUGUGUCUGCUUGUUUACAUACCUGUUCUGGUUUCAACUGGCAUAGAAUUUAUUUUCAUCCUCAUAACUGGCACAGUGCUGUGGUUUAAAUUGGUAUGAGAAGAAUGUUAAUUGCACCCUAAUGAUUUAGUUCUUGCUAAUUUGCAUUUGUCCUACAUCAAAGACCUUUCAGUGUCCCGUACUCUGCCAGUAAGAAGGUCCACAAGAGGCUGUGAGGGGCCAGGACUGCUGACCCCUACUGGUCAAAGGGAUAUUCCAUACCAAGGAAGGCCCUGCUCAGCACAUGAACUAGUGGGGGUAGCAGCUGGGAGGGACCUAUUGGUGCUUGGGGGUAGAUUGAGGUCAAUGGGUGCUAAGCAAUUGUUUUGUGUAAUUGCUUGUUUCUUGGGUUUUGUUCCUCUCUCUUCCUGUUUUCAUUUUACUUUAUUAUAUUUCAAUCAUUAAACUUUUCUUAUCUCAACCCAUGGGUUUUAUAUUUGUUCUGAUACUCCUCUCUGUUUUAUGGGGAUGGGAUGUAUGCAUGGUACUUCAUCGUGGUCUAAACUGUGAUAGUACCUGUGAUAGUACCUGAAGAACUCCUGUAGUUUUUGACAUCUCUGACAAAUUUCCAUUUGAGCUGAGGUUUUGCUUUUCUAACUGCAUGUCUGCAUACUCUCGCAAUGCCCCUGGACAUAAUCCUGAAGCCCAGAAGAAGGUUCACAGAGAACACAGACAACUGGACCAAACUUGAUUUUUUUAAACAGCUGCAGUUUUAUACUGAAGAGUUCAGAAGUUGUCCGUUGUUCAAACUUUGGAUAGGACCAGUGCCUCUCAUGAUAUUGUAUCAUCCUGACAGUGUGGAGGUUAUUCUGAACAGUUCAAAACAUAUAGAAAAAUCAUACCUGUACAAAUUCCUGCAUCCAUGGUUGGGCACUGGACUUCUGACAAGCACUGGAGACAAGUGGAGGUCACGGAGAAAGAUGAUAACUCCCACAUUCCACUUUGCAAUCUUGAAUGACUUUCUAGAGGUCAUGAAUGAACAAGGAAAUAUUUUGGUGGAGAAACUUGAAAAGCAUGUUGACAAGGAGCCAUUUGAUGUCUUUAUGGACAUCACUCUGUGUGCCCUUGAUAUCAUUUGUGAAACAGCAAUGGGCAAGAAUGUGGGUGCCCAGAAGAAUAAGGAUUCUGACUAUGUUUCUGCUGUCUACAGGAUGAGUGAUCUAAUCCAGCGGCGACAGCUAAGCCCUUGGCUUUGGCCUGAUUUUUUGUAUAUAUUGUUCAAAGAAGGAAGAGAACACAAGAGGAAACUCAACAUCCUUCACAAUUUUACAGAUACAGUCAUUGCAAAAAAGGCUGAAGAACUUAAAAGCACCAAGCAAGAGAAGCAUGAUAAUGAUGGAAGCUGUGAAGAAAGUGGUUCCAAAAAGAGAAAAGCAUUCCUGGACAUGCUGCUGAAUGCAACAGAUGAUGAGGGAAAAAAAUUGAGCUACAGGGAUAUUCGUGAGGAGGUGGAUACUUUCAUGUUUGAGGGCCAUGAUACAACAGCAGCUGCUAUAAACUGGGUCUUGUACUUGCUUGGACGUAAUCCAGAAGUUCAAAAGAAGGUUCACAGGGAAUUGGAUGAGGAGUUUGGCAAUAAUGAAUGUUCUGUUACAAUGGACAAUUUGAAGAAUCUUCGAUACCUUGAAUGUGUUGUGAAGGAAGCUCUUCGUCUCUUCCCUUCAGUUCCCAUGUUUGCCCGUACCUUGAGAGAGGAUUGCUGUAUUAAGGGAUAUCAGAUACCGAGAGGUACAAAUGUCCUUGUUUUAACUUAUGCCCUGCAUAGAGACCCUGAGAUCUUCCCUGACCCAGAGGAGUUCAGGCCUGAGCGAUUCUUCCCUGAAAAUUGUAAGGGAAGGCACCCAUAUGCUUAUGUGCCCUUCUCAGCUGGUCCCAGGAACUGCAUUGGUCAGCGCUUUGCACAAAUGGAGGAGAAAACUCUUCUAGCCCUCAUCCUGCGGCGCUUUUGGGUGGAAUCAUGUCAAAAGCCAGAAGAGCUUGGUUUAUGUGGAGAAUUGAUUCUUCGUCCAAAUAAAGGCAUCUGGAUUAAACUGAAGAGGAGACCAAAUGCUGGAUCAGAAUGAAAGGAAUUUGAAGUGUUUAGUUCCAAGAGUUUUCAAUCUAUUUAAGCUGAGACAUCUUUCAAAUACAAAUAUUUUGCUGUCAGUCCAGCACUUUGUUUAAACUAAUUGUUACUGUUUUAUUAAGAAAGAUGUAGUAAUAGCCCUAGCUGCUCUACUUUUAUAGUGCUUGUGAACUUCAUGUUAAUCUUUGAAAUGCAAAUCUUUAAACCUUAAAUUUAAACCCUGUCUUAUCUGCUUAGAUGAAACUAUUCUAUUGCCACAGUACCACAAAAACUUUAUGGUAAUAACAACAGUAAUACCUGUGAUGAGGUGAUCAGGUUACCUGCCAUAGCAUUUUCCAAGUAUUUGUAAGGUUUUUAGGUUUCUUUGGUUCUGAAAAAUUCAAGUGAUAAUCCUUCUUGGCACAAUUUUUUUUUUUUUUUUGGUGAUGGCUACCUCUGUAAAGAUCAAGCAAAAAUCUGAUAAUUUCACUCCUCCUUGGUAAGCAUUUACAUUAGUUUGUGAGAAGGGAGUGCUCUGAGUCAUUUUUUAGCAAACCAAAAGCAUUACUCUGUAUAACUGUAGCAGGAACUAGACAGUAUGCAAAUUACACACAGGAUUUCAUAAUGACGGAAGCAAUGUAUUUUUACAAACUUUGAGAAUAAACUUCUACUAUGCCUGA